AUGGAUCAAAUGCAAAGUAGGUUCGAAGGACAACAACAAGCGUACGAAAAAUUGCUACAAAAAAAGGACCAAGAGAUGCAGAAUGCAGUCCGAGAGGAGUUGAAGGCUCAGACUGUCGUACCUCCACCAAAUGCGAAUUCAACUGCAGUAGAAAGUGGAAACCAUGUAGCUGCAGAUAUGUGCAAGGCGGUCGAGCGAAUGGAGAAACAGCUUCAGGAGAUGGCAAACAGACAGGAUUCCGUAGCCAAAAGUUUAGAUGAACGUUUGAGGACGAUAGAAGUGUCUCGUCAUGCUUCGGUACUGAACAACCGCAGUAAUCUAAACGUCAAUGCGUAUCCUUUCGACCCGAGCCAACGUUCGGAUUUGUCUCAUGAGCUGAGCGGAAGUCAACUUGCUGCGCGCCAUGCAGUGGCAAAAGAGCUCCCGAUCUUCACAGGUUAUCCUGAGGAGUGGCCUCUGUUUAUUGCCUCCUAUGAAAGUACCACCAGAAUGUGUGGCUACAGUAACGAGGAGAAUCUGCUGCGACUUCAACGUUGUUUAAGAGGAAAGGCACUCGAAGCAAUACGUAGUCGUUUGUUAUAUCCAGCGGGGCUUGAAGGCGUUAUAAACACAUUGCGAACGCUAUUCGGCAGGCCGGAAGUAAUCAUCCACUCUUUGGUAUGCAAAAUUCGGGAAAUGUCAUCGCCGAAGACCGAGAAACUCGGAACUUUAUUCGAUUUCGGAGUCGCAGUACAGAAUAUGUGUGCCACAAUUGUAGCCUGUGGGUUGAAUGAUCAUCUUUGUAACGUGGCACUCCUUCAAGAACUUGUCGAGAAACUACCACCAUCUAUCAAACUGGACUGGGCGAGACGACGCCAGACAUUGAAUGCAGUUACGCUAGCGGAUUUUAGUGACUGGCUCGGCGAGCUGGUUGAAGCAGCUUGCGUGGUUUCAGUCCCGUCAUCGAUUGGCACUUUCAUUGGAAAACCUGAGAGACGUGGUCGUAAGGAAGAGGUAUGUGUACACCUUGAAUCUAGUUCGAGCUCAGCGUCCAACACAGGGACCCCCUACAGUCAGACGGCGAAACCGGCAAAUAAACAAUGCGUCAUCUGUCACAGUGGAUGCAGUAAGGUGGAGAACUGUAAAAAGUUUCUGGCAUUUGAUGUGGGAGCCAGAUGGACAGCAUUGAAGGAAAAUAAACUAUGCCGGAAGUGUCUGACGAAGCAUUUUGGAGCGUGUGCGAUUAAACAAGUUUGCGGCAGAAACGGUUGUUCUUAUCUGCACCACAAGCUGUUACACGAUGACUCUAGAUACCAGCGGAAUGCAAAUUCUCCACCAUCAACUUCAUUAGAUGCCACGAAAAAUAAUACCGCAAGUUGCAAUGCUCAUGUCAAGCUGGGAAUCGAAGGCGAAUCAUAUCCGUUAUGUCUGGGAUGGACAGCGAACCAACAACGGCAAGAAGCUAAUUCCGUAAAACUUGCGUUGGAGAUUUCUGGAGCGCACAACACGAAGAGGUAUUGGAUUCCGAAGGUGCAUACUGUUGAAAAUCUUGCUCUAUCGCGACAAACUUUGAACAUGAACGAACUGGUACACCGAUACGAUUAUUUGACGGAUUUACCAACUGACUCAUAUCAGAACGUUUAA